UGAUGAAGAUUCCAGGAGUCAUGUCAGAAGACACGGGAGGUGAUUCCCAGCUCUCCGUGAAGGCGGCAGCCCUGAGAGUGUUCGACCUCCCUCUCUCCUGGUACUCUUCUCUCUCCCAGAUCAAAUUUUCACCAGUAGCUAAAAAGUUGUUUGUGGUAACUGCAGUGAGUGCUGUGUCUGUAAUUUUUCUGGCCCAUCACUUUAAAAGAAGACGUGGAAAGAAGAAACAGAAAAUAUUACCAUGGGAACCAGAGCACCUUGUACUUGAAUAUACUAAAAAAGCAGCAUCAGAUAAAGGUUCGAGUUGUUCCAGUAGCAGACAGAAUUUGACGUUGUCUUUAAGUUCCACAAAAGACAAAGGAUCUCAGUCUUGUAACUAUGUGAAUGGAGGACUGUUCAGUAAAUACUCAGGCUCUGUGCAAAGUUUGGCCUCUGUCCAGAGUGUCAAUUCUUGUCACAGCUGUGCUUGUGGCAAUUCUAAUUCCUGGGACAAGCCAGAUGAAGAUGAUGUUAAACUUGUAAAUAUUCCUGUGACCACUCCCGAGAACUUGUACUUAAUGGGUAUGGAGUUGUUUGAAGAGGCAUUGCGUCGCUGGGAGCAAGCUCUCACCUUUCGCAACAGGCAGGCAGAGGAUGAAGCCUGUGGUUCCAUCAAGCUGGGCGCAGGAGACGCCAUUGCGGAGGAGAAUGUUGAUGAUAUUAUCAGCACUGACUUUAUCCAUAAACUUGAAGCUCUGCUGCAAAGAGCAUAUCGUCUCCAAGAGGAGUUUGAAGCCACCCUCGGAGGAUCUGACCCUAGUUCCCUCACUAAUGAUGUUGAUAAAGAUACAGAUGUCACGAUGAAGGGGAACAUGGAUGACUUUGGCUUGCGAGACACCUUGAGCAUCGCUUCAACUGAUUCAUUUGCUUCAGCAGCAGAGCUUGCAGAACACAGAGAAGGGCGCCAGACCUGCACCCUGGAGUCUCUUUGCCACUGCCCUUUUUAUGAAGAAGCCAUGCAUUUAGUUGAAGAAGGAAAAAUUUACUCACGAGUGCUAAGAACUGAAAUGUUGGAGUGCCUGGGAGACAGUGAUUUUCUUGCCAAACUUCACUGUAUUCGACAGGCUUUUCAGGUAAUUCUUUCAGAAACAGCCAACAGGAUAUUCCUUGCUGAAAGUGGAAGGAAAAUUUUAUCUGCUUUAAUUAUAAAAGCACGAAAGAAUCCAAAGAAAUUUGAAGAUGUUUUUGAUGAAAUGAUCUAUUUUUUGGAACAGACCGAUCACUGGGAUAGUACUGAAAUGGAACUUGCUGCUAGAGGGGUGAAAAAUCUAAAUUUUUAUGAUGUUGUUCUGGAUUUCAUAUUGAUGGAUUCCUUUGAGGAUUUAGAAAACCCACCCACGUCCAUACAGAAUGUAGUGAAUAAUCGCUGGCUAAACUCUUCCUUCAAGGAAACAGCUGUGACUUCAAGUUGUUGGUCAGUGCUGAAGCAAAAAAGGCAGCAAAUGAAGAUCCCGGAUGGAUUUUUUGCCCAUUUUUAUGCCAUUUGUGAGCACAUCAGCCCUGUGCUAGCGUGGGGCUUUUUGGGCCCUAGAAAUUCUCUGUAUGAUUUAUGCUGCUUCUUUAAGAAUCAAGUUCUUUUCUUUCUCAAAGACAUUUUUGACUUUGAGAAGGUACGCUAUUCGAGCAUAGAGACGUUGGCUGAAGACCUCCUGCAGUUACUCAUUCGCCGCACUGAACUGUUACUGGCCUACCUUGGAGCAGAUGCCCUGAGACACACAAGUGGUUGUAUAAGUGGUCAUGGUCAUGUUUUGUCUAGUGGGCUCUUGGAAGCUAAAGUACAAUAAGUAUCUUAACAAUCAUACCUUUUGAGUGUGCUAUAAAAUAUUUUAAAGAAGCUUAAAUACUUGGUAGAUGUGGACUCAGGGAGGAAAAAAUUCUAGUGAAGAAUACUAGACUUAUAUGAAGUUCUGUUAUUGAACACCUGUAUAGUGUGUUCACAGCUGUUUUUUUGUACUCUUUAGAUGGUCAUUUCAGUCAUGAAAUGUUGUGGAUUUUGUAGGAAUACUGCUUAAAUUGAAGCUAAUACUUGGUAGUCAACUUGUUUUCUUGAAGCUCUCUGAAAUGUCCUGUAGCAUUCUCAAAAAUUCUGUCUCUGUUUUGCACCUUGAAAGUGUAUACUCUUAGCCAAGAUCUUAAAGAUUGAGGUAUGCAAGAAUAUAUUACUCCUAGUGUCAACAUAUUAACUUUGCCUGAAAAAUGUGUUUUUAACUGUGAAGUUGUUUAUCUGUUUAAUCAAGGUUAAGAAGUAAUAGUGUUACUAUGUACUGCUUAUGUUAUUUCUUGUGUAUUUACAGGAGUCUUUAAAUCAAAGAAAUUGUAAUCCCUGACUACUGGUACAAUCUAUUAAAUGAAUGGAGAGUAAGCAGUAUGCAACAAUAACUUUGUAGUAGAUUAACUUCAGUUCCAAAUGUGUUCCUAUUGAUUCUUUAAGUUAACACCAGAGACUGAAGAAGUUUCCCCUUUUUUAAAAAUAGUCAUUUAUUUGAGUGGCAGAGAGACAGAAAUGUAGAGGGAGCUCACAUCCACUGGGCCCCUCUCCAGAUGCCUGAAGUGGUGGAGACAGGUUAAGCUGAAGCUGUGGUGUGGAAACCCAGUCCGGUUCCCCCAUGUGUGUUAGGAACUUUAGCACUUGAGCCAUCACAAUUGCCUCACAGUCUGUGUUAGCAGGAAGCCAUCAUCUGGGACUGAAGCUGAGACUCAAACCUAGACAGUGCACGUGGGACACAGGCAUCUAACCAUGAGACUGAAUGCCCACCCACGAAGAAAUCUUAUAAAUUAGAGCAUUUUUCUCAUGGGAAUAUAGUGAUUUAAAAGCUAUUUAUAAAGAAAGGGAAUUUAAAAUUUAUCUUUUUAAAAAGUAUAAAAUUUUUAAACUUCCAUUUUCUGGUUCACUCCCCAAAUGCCCACACUAGUUAGAGCUGAGCCAGGCUGAAGCCAGGAGCCGGAAACUCAGUCCAAGUUCUGCAUAUGGUAAGCAAGGCCCCAACUACUUGAGCUGGUGCCCGUUCCCUCCCAAAGUAUGCAACAGCAAGAAGGUAGGAGCAGAACUGAGACUCAAACUCAUGCACUCCAAUAUGGGAUGUGGGUGCCUCAACCUGUGGCCUCACUGCAAGGCAGAAAAAUGUCUCCUCUUUCAGUGUAGUUUUGAAAUUGUCUCCCAAAAUCUGGAGUCAUUCUACUUGAUACACUAAAAUAAUCUCUCCUUUCUCUUUUUGUAAAGCUGGGUUUUAGUUUUUCCCACUGAGAACUCUGUACAGAAUUUGUCCUGUUAUGCUCAUAUCUCAAAAAAUAAUCAUACUUUGAAUCUUAGUGGGAAUCUAGAGCUUUUUUCACUCACUUGAUACAGAACCAAGUCCUUUUAAUGAGGUCACAGUAUAGUCCAUGUCCUUUAUGCUCAGUAUGUGAAGGGGGGGGUUGUUGUGAGGGAGGGUCUCAGGGCAGGGGAGGCCUUCAGGAGUUGGUUGUGUUUGGUGUUGAAUCAUACACUGCUGAAGUGGCUGACUCGUAAUGCCAAAAAAAUGUGUUGCUUUUGCUUCUAAAGUGGGCUGUAUUCAUGUUAGGAGGAGGUUACAGAGAAGAACCUAAAAUGUAUUUUUAAAAAAAUACAAUUUCAGAUUAAAGUGCCUAGUUUCUGAUUAGCGAACAGAAAAUCAAAGUGCAAAGAAGCAUAAUUUUAAAAAGAUUUUAAAAAGAUUUUAUGUAUGUGCCAUAAUUGUAUACAUUAAUUACAAUAUGUAAAAUUCAUAUUCUCUUCUGCUUCUUAUGUUAAACAUACAAAGUAUUGCU